AUGGACCAAGAGUAUCUGUUCUUGAGUUGCAAUGCCCGCGAUGCGUCCAGGCGAAAAGGUCCUCCAAGAGCAUACAUUGCACGUCGACAUGUUCAGCUCCACCGCGGGAAGCAUCACGAAAACGGUCGUGCCACAGCCUUGCCUCUCCAGAUCCGGUUCAAUGCAGUGCCGAAGAAAUGCCAGUGCUGUCUACUCAAGUCCGUAUGCGUGUGCCCAAAGGGCGAAAGGGAAGCGCGAAGACCACGUCUCGCGAAAACCUCCUGUCCCGUUCCUGCGGUGGUCUCUUUUUCAGCUUCUGGAACGGAACUACGCGCCUCGCACCUGGCCCAUUACUUGUCAGUCUUAUGUCUCGAGGACAAUCCCGUGUCUUUCGUCUCGUCUCGACUGAUAUACAACAAUGUCCCACUCCUUGACCAUGCUGCCGACGCCUUUAUCCAUUUGCUGGACUCGCCGAGGACACCGCAAGGAGUCGUCGUCCCAACCAAGGCCGCCGCAGGGGGGUACUUCCAGGCACUAGUCAUGCUCCGCUCCUGCUUCAGCGUCAGGAACCUUAGCACCCAUGACUGUCUGAGCAUCAUCGGCCUACUAGGGCUAUUCGAUGUUCUCGUUCGAGAUCGGUAUCGAGCAACUGUCGAUUGCUUUACUCAUUGGCGUGGUGUCUCGGCUGUGAUCUUACAAGAUCCUCUGGAGUCAUCUAGAAGCAGGUACGCUCGGGCAACGGUAGGGUCCACUGCAGGCGGAUGUCUUACCUCCAUCAUUCCUUGCUUCCAGGGGCGGGCGAGUGUUUCGACGGUGCCCCGGGGUGGACCCAAAUGCCUCCACUGGAUGACAUGGAGCCCCGAGAGGUAA